GUUUCGUGAGAUCGUUGUGAUGGAGAAACGGACUAUUGCGCUUGUGUUUUCGAACAGUAUUGAGGUCGAGAUGGAGGAUGGGACAAAGCACUUUUUCGCGAGCUUUUUCAAUCGGGAUCAGACGUUUAGGGUGUUGAGAGCUUCUUGGGAUGCCGAAUUGGAGCCAUGCUCAUGCGACGGCCUAGGCACCUGCCCAACCUGUUUCGCCAAAAUCACUCGAGACCGCAGCACCAAGAAGCCUUCAGACGACACUACUCCCAGCCCCAUCAAAUCACUGGGCAAAACAAACCUAACCCGCCCCCUCUCAUCAACCUCCAUCUCCUCCACCGACUCCCAACUCACUAUGGUCGACGGCGUCCAGAACGCCCACCUCCUCCCCACACCGCCGCUUACCCCGUUUGCGGAUGAUGUCGAUAUGCCCGAGAUGGAGUACGUUAAAGCACUGACUGCGGACGUGAAGAGGGAGGUUUUGGGUGGUACCAGUCACGGCCACAAGACCAAUGACGGCGAGAAGGGGAAGGAUUCUAUGACACGACUUCCGAACAAGUUGGAAAAGGCCUCAUCCCACUCAACCACCGCUCCAGCGGCUGCACCAACAGGGCAACACACAUGGCACCUCCCUACCAUCCCAACCCUCCCCACCUUCCCCAUCGCCCUACCAACCUCAAUACCCCUCCCCAUCCCCAUCCUCACCCUCCCAAGCCCCCGCCAGCUCGCCCUCCUCUCCGCCCUAACCCUCUUUGCCGUGUCCCUCAUUGCGCUGGGCCUGCAGAGCGUCGCGCUGUACAGAGUUUUGGGGGUGUUGGAGAAGGUUGAGGGAAGGCUGGUUAGUGUUGAGUGAGGGGCUUGGACGGCGUAUUGGGCGUAUGAUUGUAUAUAUAUGUAGCAUAAUGGGUUUUUUGGGUGCGGUUUUUUACUCGAUGGACGUAUGGUU